AUGCCAGAGGGCAUAUCAGAGCGUAUUCCCACGCCAACCGGUAUCCCGCAAGGAUCUCCUCUCUCACCAAUUCUCUAUCUUCUCUAUAACGCGGACCUGCUCGAAGACUGCCAGACCAGAAGCGGAGAUCUCUCCACCAUAGGCUGGGUUGACGACGUGGGCUUUAUGGCGACUGGCAAGAUGGAAAGGCACACCAUUUCUAAGCUCGAAAGAGCGUGCGAGAAAGCGAGGAUCUGGGCACGUCGGCAUGCCUCUGUUUUUGACCCAAAGAAGUACAGUUUGAUCCACUUCGUGCCACCAGAAAGGAAGCACGAAGGCCAGUCCUUUCUACUGGUUGAAGGUCAAGACGGGCUCCAUAAUAUCAUCUUCCCAGAGCAAGCAGCGAGAUAUCUCGGCUUCUGGCUUGAUCCACAGCUCACGUUCUCUCACCACCACGAAAAAGCAGUUAUGAAAGGCAGCAUAUCCAUACAAGCACUACGAAGUCUAGCAGGAUCUACGUGGGGAGCGUCUACGCUAGCUAUGCGGAGGAUAUAUCAAGCAGUGGUGAUACCGCAGAUGCUCUAUGGUGUAUCAGCGUGGUAUCCAUGGUUCGAGAAAGGGAAGUGCAAGCAUAUCAGUGCCAAAUUCGCAGCAAUUCAAAAGCGUGCAGCGUGCCUGAUCGGCGGAGCUUUCAAGACCAGCGCAGCAGAAGCGCUGAAUAUUGAGCUCUACCUUCCACCAAUCGGUAUCCAGAUGGAGCGUAUCUCCGCGGAGACAGCUCUCCGGAUACGCACGGGUCCAGCACAUGGAGUUCCACAGCUCAUGAUCCGACAGCGUUCUCCACAGCAACGUCAACGUGGUGGAUGGACUCCGAUGGAAGCGCACGCCUGGCAGAAGGGAGGAUGCUUAACGGCUCCCCCGGGAACUGUGCAAGGGGACUGGGAGAGCAGGCGAGCAUACGUCCGGGCACCAUGGCACGCGCCUCCAGAAGUCUUCAUCCUAGAGCGUGACGAAGCGGUGAAGAAGCACUCAGAAAUCAGCAGAGGUCAAGAUCGAGGUCAAGACCAUGGUCAAGGUCAAGAUCAAGGAAAACUAAUUAUUUAUACGGAUGGGAGUGGAAUCGAGGGGAAAGUCGGUGCCGCGGUGGUGGUAGAGGCCACUCGCGAGCACCGCCACUGCCAGAUGGGCACGGAGCAAGACUCGACAGUCUACUCUGCGGAGCUCCGUGCCAUUGAGAUGGCGACAGAACUCGUACAAGAGCACGCGCAGCACGCCGUGAUCUUCUCUGACAGCCAAGCUGCUCUCCAAGCGCUUCUCCGCCCACGUAUGCCUUCUGGUCAGGUCUACCUCCGCGGAGCUAUCGAAAACCUUCAAAAACUCGCAGAACAAGACAUCCAGGUCGAGCUCCGCUGGAUCCCCGCUCACCAGGGGAUUCCAGGCAACGAGCUCGUGGACGAGCACGCGAAGCAGGCAGCAAAAGCAGAGGUUCCAGGCCCGCACGACCGGCGUAUCAAGCUCGCCGCAGCGGCGAGGCGAGGUAUUCGGGAGCGGGCGAAGAUCACGUGGGAGGCAGCGUGGGAGAAGGAGAAGAAGGUUGGGCAGGCGACAAAGCGACUGAUUCCGGUGCCCACGAAGAAGGUUCUGGACUACUGGAAAGGCCAGAGAAAAGCGUCAGCAUCCAUCAUGCUUCAAAUGCGGCUUAAUAUCAUCGGAUUGAAACGUUACCUAUGGAGAAUUGGAGUCACAGACUCGCCUCGCUGCGCGUGCGAUCUCGGGCACCAGCAACCAAGACACGUGCUCUUGGAGUGCCCCUUUUUUGAAGAUGAGCGCAGAGACAUGCGAGCAGCGCUCGUACAAGCACGCGUAUGCACAUCGCUCUCGUUCGACCAAUUCAUGCAGGAAAAGAACGUGGUUCCAGCGAUCUCCGCCUUCAUGGAAAAGACCCGACUUCUCGGGCAGUUUCACGCGGUCGAUCCCGACGUUAUGGGAUUCGAACCAGAGCAGCAACAACCAGAGCAAGAACAACCAGUAUGA